UAUUUGUCUAUUUGUCUCCACAUACAAACUCCAUUCUCCACACUUAGAAAGCAGACAUGGAGAAAAUAAAGUGCUUUGGCAUCGCAGUGUCGAUAUUAGCUGCCAUUUUGACAGCACCGGUGACUCCGGUCACCGGCCAGAUCGCAGAGGCUUGCACAGACUCGAUCAGUAGCUUCACCCCAUGCCUCAAAUUCCUUUUGGGCACUGCCAUCGGUGGCAAUUCCCCGACAAAGGAGUGUUGCUCAGCUCUUGAGGCGCUUCUCGGUCUGCGCAUGGACUGCACAUGCCUUAUACUAACAGGGAAUGUUCCGUUCAACUUCCCCUUCAAUCGAACACUUGCUCUCUCACUUCCUGGCACGUGUGGAUUGAUGUCGGUGCCCCUCCAAUGCAAAGGUACAGCGAUGACACUUCCAGGUCCAGGCCCUGUCCCGGCCACACCAUCCCUUCUUCCACUACCUCCACUUCGAUCGGAGCCAUCACCACCUUUGCCAUCUCCAUCAUCACAUUUGAUGCCAGCAUCUCCACCGCAGCGAUCAGAUCAGGUACUGCCUCGGAGGGGUUUAUUCAGGGGAGCCGGCCCCUUGUGCUGCUAGGUUCCAUCACAUUUUCUCAAAGUUGCUCCAUCCUAGUGCUUGCUCUUGGAAUUGUGUUGUUUAUCAAGGUCUAUGAGGAAAUGUAUGGGUGCCAUCUGACACAUUCAUUCUUUUAGAUUUUUCUAUAAGGAGUUAAAUGGUUUUUUUUUUUUUUUAAAGAAGAAGAAGAGAGAGAUAGUCAUGGGUUGAAGGGUCAUAAUUUGUAUCUCGCUACUACAAUAGUAACAUCUUUAUCUUCACAUACUCCUUGUAGCAUGAUGGCUUUCUUUAUUUUCUCAAUACCAAAACUCCCUGUGGCUGUCAUCAUAUA